AUGAGUGACCCCCCUUUUGAUGACGACCAUGGCAAACGAAAUAAGGACUACGAAUUGAGGGCAUGCACCUGGAAUGUCCGGUCCCUUAAUUGGGAAGGUGCCGCUGCCCAGCUGGUUGAUGUCCUCGUGAAAAUAAAGGCUGACAUCACCGCCGUCCAAGAAAUGCGAUGGACGGGACAAGGACAGAGACGAGUAGGUCCUUGUGACAUUUACUACAGUGGCCAUAUAAAGGAGCGCAAGUUUGGUGUUGGAUUCGUGGUGGGAGAGAGACUCCGUCGCCGAGUACUAUCAUUCACUGCGGUGAAUGAACGUCUAGCCACAAUCCGCAUCAAAGCGAGGUUCUUCAACAUAUCGCUGAUUUGCGCCCACGCCCCGACGGAAGAGAAGGACGAUGUGACCAAAGAUGCCUUUUAUGAGUGCUUGGAGCGCACUUAUGAGAGAUGCCCCCGCCACGAUGUCAAAAUCGUGCUUGGCGACUUUAACGCCAGGGUGGGCAAAGAAGGUAUCUUUGGCACUACGGUCGGUAAAUUCAGCCUCCACGACGAAACAUCCCCAAAUGGGUUGAGGCUGAUCGACUUCGCCGGGGCCCGAAAUAUGGUUAUCUGUAGUACUAGAUUCCAGCAUAAGAAGAUACAUCAAGCUACCUGGCUGUCUCCGGAUCGAAAAACCACCAACCAGAUCGAUCAUGUUGUGAUAGACGGAAGACACGUCUCCAGUGUUUUAGAUGUGCGUGCGCUCCGAGGUCCUAACAUCGACUCGGACCACUAUAUUGUUGCAGCCAAAAUUCGCACCCGCCUCUGUGCAGCAAAAAACGCACGCCAACAAACACAAGGAAGGUUCGACGUCGAGAAGCUGCAAUCACAACAGACAGCCGAACGUUUUUCUACUCGGCUUGCACUCCUGCUCUCUGAGAGCACUCAUCAACAAUUCGGUAUAAGGGAACUGUUGGACGGCAUUUCAAACUCCUUACGUACAGCUGCAACCGAAACCAUUGGUUUUCGGAAAGUGCAAAAGAACAGCUGGUACGACGAGGAGUGCCGUGUCGCAGCGGAGAGAAAACAGGCUGCCUACCUCGCAACGUUACGAUCGACCACAACACGUGCGGGAUGGGAUAGAUACCGAGAGUUGAAGAGGGAAGCGAGACGCAUUUGCAGACAGAAGAAGAAAGAGGCCGAAAUGCGUGAGUAUGAACAGCUCGAUAAGCUGGCCGACAGGGGUAAUGCUCGAAAAUUCUACGAAAAGAUGCGGCGGCUUACAGAAGGUUUCAAGACCGGAGCAUACUCUUGUAGAACCCCCAAAGGUGAUCUAGUUACCGAUGCCCAGAGCAUACUUAAAUUAUGGAGGGAACACUUCUCUAGCCUGCUGAAUGGCAGUGAAAGCACAACACCGGGAGAAGGCGAACCCGAUUCCCCAAUCGAUGACGAUGGAGCAGACGUUCCAUUACCCGACCAUGAAGAAGUUCGAAUAGCAAUCACCCGCCUGAAGAACAACAAAGCGGCAGGGGCCGAUGGAUUGCCGGCCGAGCUAUUCAAACACGGCGGCGAAGAACUGAUAAGGAGCAUGCAUCAGCUUCUUUGUAAAAUAUGGUCGGACGAAAGCAUGCCCAACGACUGGAAUUUAAGUGUGCUAUGCCCAAUCCAUAAAAAGGAGACCCCACAAUCUGCGCCAACUACCGUGGGAUUAGCCUCCUCAACAUCGCAUAUAAGGUUCUAUCGAGCGUAUUGUGUGAAAGAUUAAAGCCCACCGUCAACGAACUGAUUGGACCUUAUCAGUGUGGCUUUAGACCUGGCAAAUCAACAACUGACCAGAUAUUCACCAUGCGUUAAAUCUUGAAAAAGACCCGUGAAAGAAAAAGUGACACACACCACCUCUUCGUCGAUUUCAAAGCUGCUUUCGACAGCACGAAAAGGGGCUGCCUUUAUGCCGCGAUGUCUGAAUUUGGUAUCCCCGCAAAACUGAUACGGCUGUGUAAACUGACGUUGAGCGGCACCAGAAGCUCCGUCAGAAUCGGGAUGAACCUCUCCGAGCCGUUCGAUACCAAACGAGGUUUCAGACAAGGCGACUCCCUAUCGUGCGACUUUUUCAAUCUGUUGCUGGAGAAAAUAGUUCGAGCUGCAGAACUUAAUCGAGCGGGUACAAUCUUCUAUAAGAGUGUACAGCUGCUGGCGUAUGCCGAUGAUAUUGAUAUCAUCGGCCUCAACACCCGCGCCGUUAGUUCUGCUUUCUCCAGACUGGACAAGGAAGCAAAACGAAUGGGUCUGGCAGUGAACGAGGGCAAGACGAAAUAUCUCCUGUCAUCAAACAAACAGUCGUCGCACUCGCGACUUGGCACUCACGUCACUGUUGACAGUCAUAACUUUGAAGUUGUAGAUAAUUUCGUCUAUCUUGGAACCAGCGUAAACACCACCAACAAUGUCAGCCUAGAAAUCCAACGCAGGAUAACUCUUGCCAACAGGUGCUACUUCGGACUGAGUAGGCAAUUGAGAAGCAAAGUCCUCUCUCGACAGACAAAAACCAAACUCUAUAAGUCUCUCAUAAUCCCCGUCCUGCUAUAUGGUGCAGAGGCUUGGACGAUGUCAACAGCGGAUGAGUCGACGUUGCGAGUUUUCGAGAGAAAAAUUCUGCGAAAGAUUUAUGGUCCUUUGCGCGUUGGCCACGGCGAAUAUCGCAUUCGAUGGAACGAUGAGCUGUACGAGAUAUACGACGACAUUGACAUAGUUCAGCGAAUUAAAAGACAGCGGCUACGCUGGCUAGGUCAUGUUGUCCGAAUGAACGAAAACACUCCAGCUCUGAAAGUAUUCGACGCUGUACCCGCCGGGGGAAGCAGAGGAAGAGGAAGACCUCCACUCCGUUGGAAGGACCAGGUGGAGAAGGACCUGGCUACGCUUGGAAUAUCCAAUUGGCGCCACGUAGCGAAAAGAACUGACGCGCUGUUGUUAACUCGGCUAUAAUCGCAUAAGCGGUGUCUACGCCAAUUAAGAAGAAGAAGAAAAUUGCGCGUGCACUCAAGGAUCACAGUUACGAUAAUUUAACAAAUGUUCGGAUAAACAUUCGAGAUGGGUUCAUCUUUCGUUGAAGUGAAUUGACAAAAGGCAGAUGAAUUGAUAUCAAACCACUGGAAGUAUCAACUGGAAUUUGCCCAUUUGCAAUACUUAGCGAAUACGAUGUAAAUUAUUUUCGGCAAUGUAAUUUUUGUUCGUAUCCCAUAAUAUGAUAUGUGAUAUGACAAAAGUGUGCGAACUUCAGUGACAUGCGAAGUGGCUAUCGCAUCGUCCAUCAUUUGAUUCCAGUGAUUAUCAUGUUCCAGCAAAUUGUAAUUGCUGGCAUGCUUUUCAAAAAGUUGCACACACCUUAUCAUUCACAGUACGUAAUGACUCAAAUGAAAUUGAACCACGUACAUUUAUCAAUUGCAGCCGAACGUAGAAGCAAUCGUCGUUUUUCGGGUGGAUUGGCAUUAGUUGAAAACACACCUGAAUGUCCAUCUACUGCUUGGCCUUGCUUUCUAUGUUUUUUCAACAAUACGUUCCAUGUAUAAUAUCAAGGCGUUUCCGAAUAAAACAAUGCAAACGGAUCACUGACACAAGUUGAGAAAAAACUCGUCAAGGUCAAUUUUGUUGCUGGCGGUGUUUCCACUGCUGUACCGUAUUCUCUGGGUUGAAAUAUACUCUUUGGCCAUUCACCAAAUUAACUGCGAGACGCACAACAGUCACAAAACAUUCAUGAAUUGCAAAAGUAAAAAUCCUACUAAGCGCUUUAUUCCAGUUCACGUAUCGACCCAUUUGAUACUUGCUGAUCUCAUCCCCUUCAAGACCAAUAACCGCCAUGCUGCUUCCUUUGGACAAACGUAUUUUUAUCGAUUUCACCAAGCUGCAAUACUCAACAUUGAUAUGAGUUUUGAAUGUGAAUUGGACAAUAGUGGUGAAUAUAGUACGAUCCAUGUGUUGUCAACUUCGAUGUUCUGCCAUUGUCGUCUGGUGAGCGAUGCCGAUAGAGUGGAUAUCUAUCAUUUCCAGUUUGUGUUUCCGAAAGAAAAGCACGUGUAUAGUGUUUCCAGCAUUUAUUGACAGACAUACAGUCAGUGGGAUUGUGGUGUCCGCAAGGUCCAUGAACCAUAUUGGUUUUCACCACUUCGUACAAUACUGGAUCUUUCUCUAGUUCUAGUUGUUUGAAAAUUAGUGCUUUGACAUCGUGACGAUCCCUUGCUGAUGGACCGCGAUCCAUAUUUCGACACGUAUGUCAUCGCAUGCUGGGAGUACUGGUCAUGUGCCUUAGGCUGCCAAUGUAUGUAUAUAUGUAUGUUGAUGACAAAAGAAAACGGCGACCGAUAUUACCUCGACUUUUUCGUGGUAUCGUACCAAAUUUCAAUCAGUAAUUGAUCACUUUGUGUGAAACACACAUAACGUUUUCACUGAAUAAUUUUCAAUAAUAUUUCUUUUGAAUAGCCGGAAUAAAGAAAGCAAACGACAAAUUUGAACAAUUCAAAUAAUUUACAAAUCAAAAUGUUGAAAAACAAAACAAAAAAAAAUUUAUUGAAAAAAAGUUACUUUUUGGAAUUGUCCAAUUUUCCGACUUUUCCUCACGAAAAUCAUACGGUUUUUUUUAUUUCUAAACCUUCCCCGAUUCAGCCGUUCUCGGACUUUAGCGUUACUAACAAACAAACAUUCAUUCGUUUGUAUAGGAAAAAGGGCUGCUUUAGGGUUUAUCCGACAUUAAAAACAAAGAAUUGGCCAAAUUGGUCUAGGCGUUGUUGAGUUAUGCGCUUAGCAACACAUUUUGCGAUUAAUUUUUAUAUUAUAAACUAGCUGGCCCUGCAGCCUUUGUCCUGCGUGAAAUUAUGUGUUUUGAAAUGAAAAGAAAGUUGAAUUUUUAUAGGCCUUGGUCCAGUCCUUAAUGUUAAUAUUAAGAGCUAAAAUUUUCAGAGAAUUUUUUUUAGGGUGUUUUCAAGGAAAUUUCGUGACGGAACUGAAAAACAUUAAUAGUUCAAUAAAAAACACCCUAAUAUAUACAGAUAAAAAAUAAUGCCACUCUUAUAACUUAAAAACGGGCUCUCCUAUCCAAACCAAAUAUUUAGACUAUGUUGUUUAUGUGAAGUUUGCACAAAAUCGGUCAAGCGGUUCUUCAUUUAUCACAUUUUUUGUUGGCAAAUUUGAUUCUUAACUGCUAAAUCAAAAAGAGAAAGUUUUUUGAUACCGCGUAUCCCUAUGAUUCCAACUGAUAUGCCAUUUCAAUUCAAAUGAUUACAAUUAAGUUUUAAAAUAGAUAUCAAUUAGUAAAAUAUUUUUUUUUAUUUCACUUUACACGUAGCGAAGCACGUACCGGAGCGCUAUUACUCUAUAUAACUCAUUCACUGACCGACAAAUUCGGUAUAAAAUUUGUUAAAAAUAUGGGAGUCGGGAAUUUUAUCUAUAUACUCGUAUUAUUAUUAUGGCACAUACUAAAAAAUUGUUCCCUGGGUUUCAUUAAGGUAUCUCACAUACAAUGAGCAAUCAUAUGGAGGAAAGUCAGCCGGAUGUUCGAAAAUUCUGGUAAUAGUUAUAUGGGGGCAAGGUCAAGUUUCCGCCCAAUUGUAUCUAUCCUAGACACAAACAUAUACUGUUAUAAGUAAGAUAUGUUCUAUAAUUUUCAUUGAAAUAACUCAAAUAUUGGCCGAUGUAUCCGGCAUAAAAUAACCUGGAAGUUUAAAAAUCCUUAUAUUAGGUAUAUAUUCUUCUUCUUCUUUACUGACGUAAAAACCGUUUACUCGGUUAUAGCCGAGUUAACAACAACGCGUCAGUCGUUUCUUCCUUUCGCAAGAACAGCUCAUCGUUCCAUCGAACGCGAUAUUCCCCGUUGCCAAUGCACAAAGGAUCAUAAAUCUUUCGCAGAAUCUUUCUAUCGUAUACGCGACUCGUUGCGUCGACUCAUCAGAUGUUGUCAUCGUCCAUGCCUCUGCAACAUAUAGCAGGACGGAAAUAAUGAGUGACUUAUAGAGUUUGGUCUUUGUUCGUCGAGAGAGGACUUUACUUCUAAAUAGCCUACUCAGUCCGAAGUAACACCUGUUGGCAAGAGUUAUUCUGCGUUGGAUUUUGAGGCAGACAUUGUUAUUGGUGUUAAUACUGGUUCCAAGAGAGAUGAAAAUAUCUACGGCUUCGAAGAUGGGAAGAAUGGGAGCCAAAUCGCGUGUGCGACGCCUGUUUGUUUGAUGACAGCAGAUAUUUCGUCUUGUCCUCAUUCACUAGCAGACCCAUUUGCUUUGCUUCCUUAUCCAGUCUGGAGAUAGCAGAAUUCACGACGCGGAUGUUGAGGCCAGUGAUAUCACUAUCAUCAGCAUACGACAGUUGCUGUACACUCUUAUAGAAGAUUGUAACUGCUCGAUUAGUUUCUACAGAUCGUAUUAUUUUCUUCAGCAGUAGAUUGAAGAAGUCGCACGAUAGGGAAUCGCCUUGUCUGAAAUACUUUCAGUUUUCGGGGUUUCAGACCCCGUUUCGUAUCAAACGGCUCGGAGAGGUCCUUCCCGAUCAUGACGCAGCUUUUGAUAUAGCUCAACGUCAGUUAACACAGCUGUAUUAGUUUGACGGGGAUACCAAAUUCAGACAUCGCGACAUAUAGGCAGCUCUUUUUUAUUCUGUCUGGUAGUGUGUGACGAUCCUCUUUUCACGGGUUUUUUCUAAGAUUUGGUGUAUGGUGAAUGUCUGGUCAGUAGUUGAUUUUCCAUGCCCAAAGCCGCACUGAUAAGGUUCAAUCAGUUUGUUGACGGUGUGCUUUAAUGGGUCACACAAUACGCUCGAUAGAACCUUUUAAGCGAUGUUGAGGAGACUUAUCCCACGGUAGUUGGCGCAGACUGUGCGGUCUCCCUUUUUGUGGAUUGGGCGGAGCACACUUUAAUUCCACACAUUGGGCAUGCUUUUGUACCAUAUUUUAUGAUGAAGCUGAUGCAUGCUCCUUCUCAGUUCUUCUGUAAGUAAGGAGCUUGAAAUGCCGUCCAACAGUUCUCUUAUACCGAGUUGCUGAUUAGUGCUCCCAGUGAGCAGGAGUGUAAGUCGAGUAGAAAAUCAUUCGGCUGUCUGCUGUGAUUGCAGUUUUUCGACGUCUAGCCUUCCUUGUGUUUGUUGACGUACGUUUUGUGUAGCAUAGAGGUGGGUGCGUAUCUUGGCUGCAAUAAGAUAGUGGUCCGAGUCGAUCUUAUGACCUCGGAGCGUACGCACGUCUAAAACACUGGAGACGUGUCUUUCGUUUAUCACAAUAUGAUCGAUCUGGUUAGUGGCUUUUCGAUCCGGAGACAGCCAGGUAACUUGAUGAAUUUUUCUAUGCUAAAGUCUAGUAAUACAGACCAUAUUUCGAAUUGAACCUGCCUGGCGUUAAAGUCGGCAAACACGAUUUUGACAUCGUGGUGGGGGCAGCUUUCAUAGGUACGCUCCAAGCGCUCAUAGAAAGCAUCCUUGGCCACUUCGUCCUCUUUCGUCGGGAAGUGGGCGCAAAUCAGCGAUAUGUUGAAGAACCUCGCUUUGAUGCGGAUUGUGGUUACACGUUCACAUUACCGGGGCGAAUAUUAGUAUUCUCUCCAACCACGAAUCCCACACCAAAUUUGCGCUUCUUUAUGUGACCACUGCAGUAAAUACCAGAACCUACUCGCCUCAGUCCGAUUGCGAUAAGUGGGGCGCAUUUCUUGGGCGGCGGUAAUGUCAGCCUAACGAGGUCAUCAACCAGCUGGGCAGCGGCACCUUCCCAAUUAAGGAACCGGACAUUCCAGGUGCAUGCCCUUAAAUCAUAAUCCUUAACACAUUUGCAGGGGUCGUCAUCAAAAGGGGGUUCACUUAUCCUAGUCCGUUUUUUCCUUUUCAAACACAGCGCACAACCCUGUGGAGAAGAGAGAAUACCCAGAGAAUACUUCCCAGUGGGAUAUGGUAGACAUUGGUAAGCGAGCAAGGUUAACGAUUCAGCAUGAUUGUAUCGCUUACUCCGACCGAUGAAAAUUAACACGGCGAUGUCCUACGAAAAGUAACAGAUCACCCCUUUCGCUUAUCAUAGGGGCGAAGAAUUCUUCGAUGCCGCAGUUAACGGAAAAUUCUUCUAUGCCAAGAUCAAUAGUGGAAUAUAAAAAAUUCAUACUAAUUUUGCUUUAUUUACGAAAAUACAUGUAUGAAAUUUGUUAUGAAAAUAA